CGUCCCCCCGCCCCGUUUCACGAUGCAGCAUGCUUCUGCAAAGUGGUACGAUCGGAGGGACUAUGUCUUCAUUGAAUUUUGUGUUGAAGACAGUAAAGAUGUUAAUGUAAAUUUUGAAAAAUCGAAACUUACAUUCAGUUGUCUUGGAGGAAGUGAUAAUUUUAAACAUUUAAAUGAAAUUGAUCUUUUUCACUGUCUUGAUCCAAAUGAUUCCAAGCAUAAAAGAACGGACAGAUCGAUUUUAUGUUGUUUACGAAAAGGAGAAUCUGGCCAGUCAUGGCCAAGGUUAACAAAAGAAAGGGCAAAGCUUAAUUGGCUUAGUGUGGACUUUAAUAAUUGGAAAGACUGGGAAGAUGAUUCCGAUGAAGACAUGUCUAAUUUUGAUCGUUUCUCUGAGAUGAUGAACAACAUGGGUGGUGAUGAGGAUGUAGAUUUACCAGAAGUAGAUGGAGCAGAUGAUGAUUCACAAGACAGUGAUGAUGAAAAAAUGCCAGAUCUGGAGUAAGGAAUGCUGUCAUCGCUGGAUUUUGAGAAAGAAAAAUAACUUCUCUGCAAGAUUUCAUAAUUGAGAGAAUUCCUGAGUUGAUAGCUCUAAAGGCAGAUGCUGUAUUUGCCUCCUUUAACCCAUUUUUCAGCCUGUUUGUUUUUUUUAAGGCUUCACUAAGGGUUGGUAUGUACCAUUGUAUGGGACAGUUUUAAGUCAGCUAAGGCAAUAACCUUGUGCAUGAACAUUUCCCAGAUUUCCAUGAUGCUGUUGAGGUCCUAAGCAAUUGACACAGCAGUUGUGAUAAAUGAAAAUCUCACCUAAGUCUCCUUUACUCAUAACUUAGAUACUGACAUGAUAGGAAGCUCUCUGGCUUAGGGAAAGUAACUAAAUUUUAGAUUUUAGAACAUGGACUCAAAGUGGCUGAAAGAAUUGGUUGAUACUUUAAACUGGUAACAUGUUAUUCCUCUGGCAUAUCCUUCAGGAUUGUUCCACUAAAGUUUUAUUUUUCAAAAAAUUUACUUCACAUUAUUGUAUGUAAGUGAUCACUUGUCAGUGUUCCAGAUGUAUCUUAGCUAAAACUAGUGAAUGCCCUAACUUAGAUGGUUUUGAAGCCUGUACAUUUGGUAUUGUUUGACCCUUAAACUUUUACAUCUCUUAGCAUGGAGGACGAAGAAAGGCUGUACAUUGUUGCUUGAGAGUCUGUACAUUCAGACCAAAUUUGUAUUUGCACUGUCAGUAUGGCAAAUGAGUGGAAAAAAAUGUUAAUACACUAUUGGAUUUUUUUUAUUCCUUUUUUUUUUUUUGGAUUCAGCUUGUACCUGGGCUGAAAACCUCAAUUUAUGUUCAUGACAGUGAGGAUUUUUUUUUUAAUGUCUACAUUCUUUCUAAUAAACUGUUGGAAGACUU